UCUACAUUUAACUCCUUACUGUAAACUAGGAUACUUGUCGAAAAGCAAGCAAUGAUGAAGCGAAAUACUAUAAUUCAUUGCUUCGUACUUAUUCAAAUCAUGUGCAUGAUGAAUUGUGAACUAACUGUCAAAAGUCAUUACGGUACAGAGUUCAUGUUUAGUAUGACUCCAAAUUAUGCUGAAUCUAACAUUACAAUUGAUAUUGCCUCAGAUUCUAGUGGAUCUUUACAAUUGUAUGUUCCUUAUUUAAAUAUGAAUCGUACAGAGACACUGAGAGUUGGACAUACGACAUUAAGCAUUAGUAAAUCUAUUGUAAAGAAAGGAAACUUCAGCGAGGAACGAGCGAUACAGAUUAAAACCAACGUGCCUGUUGCUAUAUUUGUCACUAGUUUCUUAAGCUCCUCCCCAGACACAUUUCUGGCAUUACCGACAAACUCCCUCGGUAAAAAAUAUGUAAUAGCUUCUUAUCAGCCAGAGCGGGGGUUUAUUUCCGCAACUGCAAUUGUAAGUUCAUUUCCAAACACAACAAUAAAUACAAAUCACCAAGGUUUAGUGACUUUGGACAAAUUUUAUGUUUUACAAACUCAGAGUAGGUCUGACCAAACUGGGAUGGUCGUGUCUGCAACAAAGCCUGUAUCUGUAAUAUCAGGCACUUCUUGUUCAAAUAUACCAGCAGGUGUUAAUGAUUGUGAUAACAUUAUUGAGCAAAUGAUUCCAGUUAGCAUGUGGACAAAUAUCUACAUAAUUCCACCUCUGCCACCUAAAAGUGGUUAUUUGGCACGAAUACAGACGCUCGAUUCAUUAUAUAUGUGUGUACAAAACAGCACUAAAAAAUCAUGUCAACACAUGGUACAGAACUCAUACAAGGAAUUUCGUCUUGGAUCAGAACCAACAGUUGUGUAUACAAAUGAUUCAUCAACAUUCAGUGUGACACAAUAUGGUAUGAGUCAAAGUAUUGAUGACAUAGACAGUGGUCCUUUUAUGACAGUGAUCCCUGGAAUACAGAAUUUUCUGACCAAGUACAAUUUUGUCGUUCCGCCGGUAUAUUCUUCUUUUCGUAACUAUGUGACAGUGAUAAUUAAGAAGUCCGAUGUGUCUGGUUUAAGACUAGAUGGAAGGGCUUUUCAAGCUGCCUACAAUUACACAGUGAGCAGGCCUCUUGACCAUUAUGUUGUGCUGGUAACUACCAUCAGUACGGGUUACCACAUAUUAAACAACAGUGAUCCUACAGCUGAAUUUGGAGCAUUCAUGUAUGGUUAUUGGGCAAUUGCGGGUUACGGCACACCACUAGGGUUCAGUUUUAAAGACGAGACUAAAAUUUCACCUCCGAAUAAACUUAGAUGCUACCACUGUGACGAAAUGUCCAGUUUAGAAGUUUGCGAUGCUGUCAAAACCUGCUCGGAUGCCCAGAUUUGUUUUGCUGAGAAGUAUGCAUCAAGGACAGGCUAUUUCUACAAAUCAGGAUGUAUGCCAAAGGAACAAUGUCAGAAUACCACGUCGUCAAGCGGUGUCUGUUUAGAGUGUUGCCAUGGUAAUUAUUGUAACAACAAAGGAUGCGGUGAUGACAGAUUUCCUGACCGCCAAAACCGAGGGCCUAUGUGUUAUGACUGUCAACAUAUUUUGAAUGACACUGACCUCUGUAUGAAAGUCACAAUGUGCGGACCCGACGAGGUUUGCAGCAUUGAGAAGUACAGAUGGGGAAACGAUUUUCAUUACAAAAUGGGAUGUACACACAAACUGUGCACACCGAUGAGAAGGUCGAGUGUACCCAGACGACUACGACGCUCUACGCCAGUAUGUUCGGCAUGCUGCACAGACGACUUCUGUAACGGUAAUUGUACGCAGACGACAAAUAAUCCAACAGGACAAAUUAUCAUCGGUAAAAACUAUUCAUUCUCGAUAUCAGUCCUGGAGCACAAAUGA